AUGUCUUCCACAGUUUGUAUCACAGGGGCCAGAUUUUCGCCGGAGAAUGAGGCUAUUCUUUGGACGCACGCCAUGGCGCGAGGCUACGCGGCGAAUGUGUGGGUGCCGCAGGGACUCGUCGAGCGCCUGCGGUUGCGCGAGCGUGGGCACAAGCCUGCAGGUCCCGUUGGCAUCAACGCAGCCAAUGGCCGGCGUUUCUUCUACAACUUAUCACAAUUGGUGUGCACAGAGCAGGAGCUGAGGGAGGAGGUCUCCUUGCGUUUCGCCCCGGUGCCUCUUGGCCCGGUGAAAUGCGAGCCAGUUUUUGAUGCAUGGCACCCACUCAACACAAACGGUGAGCCUUUUCCUCAAUCCUUCGCGGACGAGGUGCAUGCACGCUUCGGACGACACUACGCAGAAGGGCACAGUCGCUACUGGGCCACUGUAGAUGAGGCAGAAUUUAUUUUUGAUAGUCCCUUCAAUUCCUCAUUCUUGAAGGAGUCGAAUGCCGUGGCGCUGCCAGUGACUGAGGGCUAUCCCUGCGUAAUGUACUACAGUGUGCGCGGUACUCGCCGCCCAGAUGUGUUUAACCCCCUUACCUGCCGUCGCUACCAGCCCGUGAACUUCUACGGGAGACUGUACUCCCCGAGCGUUGCAACACAAAUGAAGGCGAGUGCCAUUUCAUACGGGUGUAUAAAUAGCCUCAUUUGGCUAACCACAAAGCGUGCCCAUAAGCACGGCAUUGGUGUCCGCAGUGGUGUAAAGCCGCUCACGUUCUGCGCUGAUGGGAUUUUUCAUCUUGUAAAUAUCGCCAUGACCAAAGAUCCGGCGCGGCUUUCGGAUUUAAUUCUAUCUCAGAUGCUGCCUGGCCUAACGGACGACGACCGCUUGACUAUCUCAUGA